AAUGUCACAUUGACAAUUCGUGAAAUGUGACGGCGAGUCUCAGUCAGGCUGUGGUGGAUGUGUUAAAGAUUCGUGUUAGAACUUUUGUAUUUUACUUGUUGAUUACAGUGUAUAGUUUUGAUGAUAUAUAAGUGAAGUGCUGUGAUACGAAGCUGGUGUGGAUUAUGACUAGCUGGUAGUGACUGCUGAGACUCAGCGCCGGUUCCCGCCUCGCAACCUAAUCAUCAGCCCCGCGAUGGAGGACGAGGUGACGUUCCUGUUCCAGCUGGGCGUGCAGCGCGACGCGGCCGCCGCGCCCGCGCACCUGCUCACGCUCGCCUACCUCAAGGAGCUCGCCGUCAAGUUCGUGCACGAGAAGAUCCCGGACAACGGCCUGAACCGGCUGGGCGACCGGCUGCUGCUGUUCCGGCACGACUACUCGUCCAGCAACGUGCUGCAGCUCAUCAACUCCGCCAGCGACGUCACCGACGAGACGCUCGUCGAGAUCGUGCUCACCGCCAACCCGGUACUAUGUUCGGGCGGCGAGGCGGCGGCGGCGGCGGCGCGGCCGCACGCGCUGGCGGUGCACUCGUACAAGGCGCCCACCUUCUGCGACUUCUGCGGGGAGAUGCUGUUCGGACUCGUGCGACAGGGACUCAAGUGUGAAGGUUGCGGGCUCAACUACCACAAGCGCUGCGCAGUAAAAGUCCCGUCGAACUGCGAGUCGCCGCGCCCCCCCGCGCCCCCCGCGGCCCCCGCGACCCCCGCCGAGGACGACGACUCGCUCGUGCGGAGGCUCAAGGACCUCGUCACCAUAGACAAGGGGAACUCGCUGAGCGCGAGCGGCAAGCGCAGCGCGUCCCCGUCGCGCGCGUCUACGCUGAGCGCCGGCACCACCGCCACCAACUGCUCGCUGUCGCAGAGCUCAGUAGGCAUCCCGCACACAUUCGAAGUGCAUUCCUACACUCGGCUCACCGUGUGUCGUCACUGCAAGAAGCUGCUCCGAGGGCUGUUCAAGCAGGGCCUGCGCUGCCGCGACUGCCACUACAACGCGCACCGGAAGUGCCUGCCCUAUGUCCCGAAGGACUGCGGCGCUGAGCUCGGGCCCGCGCAGGACUCGCAUGGCGAGUACCUGGAGAGCAGCGGCGGCUCGGAGGUGUCGGAGUCGCGAGCAGCCGACGACGAGUCCGACCCCGAGGCAGAGGACACCAGCCGCGCCGGCGAGCGCGCCUCGCGACCCAGCAGUUCGUCGUCGUCCCCGAGCGCCAACAUCCCGCUGAUGCGCAUCGUGCAGUCCGUGAAGCACACCAAGAACAAGGACGGACACCACUGGCUCAAGCACGGCUGGAUGGUGCACUUCACCAACAACGACAAGACGUUGCGGCGCCACUACUGGCGGCUCGACAGCCAGAGCAUCACGCUGUUCGUGUCGGACACCGGCUCCAAGUACUACAAGGAGAUCCCGCUCAACGAGAUACUCACUAUAGAUACGGCACGCACGCCGCACGGAGACGUGAUGCACUGCUUCGAGCUCCGAACCGCCAACGUGGACUACAUGGUGGGACUGGACCCGCUGGCUCCCCUCCCGCCGCCCGCGCCCCCCGCGCCCCCCGCGGCCCUCCCCCCGCCCGAGUCGGGGGUCGGGGCCUACCUCGCGCGCUCGUGGGAGACGGCUAUAAGACAUGCUGCGCUGCCGCACACGCCGGCGCAUCGGGAUCAGCCGGGGGAUAGUGCUGUGGACAAGGACGGGGCGGCGGCGGCGGCGGGCGAGAGCGAGGAGGCGCAGGAGGAGCGGGCCACCGACAUGGCGCACGUCUACCAGAUACAUCCCGACGAGGUGCUGGGCUCCGGGCAGUUCGGCAUCGUGUACGGCGGCCUGCACCGCCGCACCAACCGCCCCGUCGCCAUCAAGGUGAUAGACAAGCUCCGCUUCCCGACCAAGCAAGAAGCUCAACUGAAGAACGAGGUGGCGAUCCUGCAGAACCUGUCGCACCCCGGCGUGGUGAACCUCGAGCGCAUGUUCGAGACGCCCGAGAGGAUCUUCGUGGUCAUGGAGAAGCUGAAGGGCGACAUGCUCGAGAUGAUCCUGUCGCACGAGAAGGGGCGGCUGACGGAGAGGAUUACGAAGUAUUUGGUGGCGCAGAUCCUGGUGGCGCUGAAGCACCUGCAUGGGUCCAACAUCGUGCACUGCGACCUGAAGCCCGAGAACGUGCUGCUGUCCUCGGCCGGACACUUCCCGCAGGUCAAGCUCUGCGACUUCGGCUUCGCCAGGAUCAUUGGAGAGAAGUCUUUUAGACGGUCUGUGGUCGGGACGCCGGCUUAUCUGGCGCCGGAAGUCCUCCGCAACAAGGGCUACAACCGCUCGCUGGACAUGUGGUCGGUGGGCGUCAUAGUGUACGUGUCGCUGUCCGGCACGUUCCCGUUCAACGAGGACGAGGACAUCGGCGAGCAGAUCCAGAACGCCGCCUUCAUGUACCCGCCCGCGCCCUGGCGGGAGAUCUCCGCUGAGGCCAUCGACCUGAUCAACAACUUACUCCAAGUGAAGCAACGCAAGCGGCUCUCCGUGGACAAGUCGCUGGCUCACGCGUGGCUUCAGACCCAGGAGGCGUGGAGCGACCUCCGGGCACUGGAGAGGAGGGUGGGGCGGCGCUACCUCACGCACGGGAGUGAUGAUGCGCGGUGGGAGGGGGGCGACGCCGCCGCCGCCGACCCGGAUACCUGAUUGACACAGCCCUGCAAGGAGCCUCCGGACAAGGGCGCCCCCUCCCCGCGCCCCGCGCGCCCGCCCCCGCGCCCCGCGCAGCGCUGGCGCCGUCUGCUCGUCAAGGUCAAGUAGACUACACUCUAGAUCAUAAGGUAUAUUACAAGUCUUCAGAAAGUAUAGGUUUCCUCCUUCAUGUAUCGGUAUCAUAUUCAGGUAUUGGGCAUAUUAUGCGAGUACAUCACAAAAUUGAAAACAGGUUUUUCUUUUACCUUUGUUUUCAGUUAUGGUUAGGUGUCUCCGACACUCUGCCAAUCACUGUCAUCAAGAAACAAAAGCACAGAAGGCACAUUUUUUGUAUUGUCAAAACUUUAAUUUCCAAUAGAAAAAAAUAUUUACACCACCAAGCAUACAACUCAUUAGUGAAUAAUUAAAGAAUUCCUUCUCUGAGAUUGCCUAAUGAUGAUUGGUGCCUUCAGAAUCCUCUAAAAUAUGCGCCUAAAUAGAAAGUAAUGUUGUAAUAAUAUGGAUAUGCUCUCAUAUUAAGAACCACUCGCUUCCUAACUCUACACUGCUACUCUAUGCCCAGCCUAAUAAUAGUUAAAUGAUACCGAUUGUACUUGACACAGAAACAUGCGAUGCUGCGAUGUCUAAUGUUUAGUUUAUGACAAACAUAGCUGUGAGUUUGGGAACAAAUUAGGCUUACAGUAAUUUUAACAGAGCCUAUAGGUCACGUUACAGUUAAAAAAUACUUACUGUCAUUUCAGCAAAAUAUAUUAUUUGUACCUAAUAGGAAUUUAAAAUAUGAAUAUUAAAGUUUUCCUUAGGUUGUACAAUGUUUACAUUCCUAAUAAUAGUUUCAGUGAUUUCGUUCGAGGGUAGGAGAAUAUUAUUUAUUUUUAUUACAUUUUGUAAUUUAUUUUCCAUUAAGUUUUCGAAUUUAUAUUGUAAGGGCGAGACGUCU